AAAUGUUGACUUACCUUUAGAGCCCAUCAGACUUUUCGUGCGGUUCGAAUUCACUCUACAACUUUAAUCUGGGGCGCUAAAUGCGAUCAGAUUUAUUUAGGUGAGCGUGAAGCAGAUGGGAUUUUCUAUUCUCUACGACUUCCUGGGAAUGCUGUAGUCGCCACCAGAAAUGGAGCUUUUGAAAGGUCAUUUUCUCUUUGCUCAUUGAUUUGCUAUCCUGAAACGGCACUACCUCAGAAGACCACUUGGAGCAUAUGGGAAGUCAGGCCGGCUCUAGCAAGACCUUCAACAUGUGAAGAUAUUCCCAUUUCUCUCUAGGAAGAACCUCCUCUUUUUCAGAGAGACUCGUCUGCAGAUGUUUCUGCGAGGGCAUGGGGAGAUAGCGGACUAAGUCUGGAACCCAGACACUAAGAGGAGAGACUGCUUUAGCUGUGAAGGAUGGCCAAACCCACUCUGAGAGGAAAUGGCACUAAUUCUGAGUGCCUACGACAGCGCUUCAGGAGAUUCCAUUACCAAGAGGUGGCAGGGCCACGAGAGGCUUUCAGCCAACUGUGGGAACUUUGCUGUCGGUGGCUAAGGCCAGAGGUGCGCUCCAAGGAGCAGAUUGUGGAAUUGUUGGUGCUAGAGCAGUUCCUGACCGUGCUGCCUGGAGAGAUCCAGAAUUGGGUACAAAAGCAAUGUCCAGAAAAUGGAGAGGAGGCAGUGACACUGGUGGAAGGCUUAGAAAGAGAGCCUGGACUGCCUGGACAUUCGGUCACAGUGUCUGUGAAGGGGCAGGAAAUGCACUCGAAGAAGAUGACACCCCCGAAAUCAUCACAGCAGUUAUUAAGUGUGCUUCAAGAGUCAGUGGAACCCCAGCCUAGGGGUGUAUCCAAGAAAGAGAGGGCAAGAAGUCCAGCCCUGGGACUACAGGAGCAGAUGAACCCAAAGGAGAAUCUCAGAUCUUUUCAAAGGAGCGCAUUUCCAUUUCCUAAACCUGAUGUGAAUCAAGGAGCACCAGGGAUCCCAGAUCUGCUCAGCUCCAAGGAGAAAGAUGUUCCAAAAGGCAACAGCACAGAAAACAAACAAGUCUAUACUGAUCCAUUACCGUCCAAGAGAGAUAAAAGGGUAGAACAGGAUCACUGGGGCUUUGAUGAUGAGAAGGUGGUGGGUGUGCACUGGGGCUAUGAAGAGACUAGAACACUCCUUGCAAUUCUCAGUCAGACUGAAUUUUAUGAAGCUCUCCGAAAUUGCCAUAGGAACAGCCAAGUGUAUGGGGCUGUAGCUGAGAAGCUUCGUGAGUAUGGCUUCCUCCGGACCCUGGAACAGUGUCGGACCAAGUUCAAAGGCCUUCAGAAGAGCUACAGGAAGGUCAAGAAUGGUCAUCCACCUGAAACCUGCCCCUUCCUCGAGGAGAUGGAAGCCUUGAUGAGUGCCCAGGUCAUUGCAUUGCCCAUUAGUAGCAUGGAAGAGUCUACUUCCCUUUCUGGCCAGGCAGACACUGAGACUGAGGAGCCAAGGCAGAGGGCCUGGCAGCCCGAGGAUGGAGAAGAGACUAUGGCUGAAGGGUCUGACAGCGAUGACCUGGAGGCAAUCCCCCAGGACCCUGACAACCCACCUGCAUCUGUCCUCUUCAGAAGCCCAAGUGGUGUACACUGGGGCUAUGAAGAAACCAAGACUUACCUUGCAGUCCUUAGUGAGACUCAGUUCUAUGAAGCCCUCCAGAACUGUCAUCGCAAUAGCCAGUUAUAUGGAGCAGUUGCUGAGAGAUUAUGGGAAUAUGGCUUCCUUAGAACCCCAGAGCAAUGUCGGACCAAAUUUAAAAGCUUACAAACCAGCUAUCGGAAAGUCAAGAAUGGUCAAGCACCAGAAACCUGCCCCUUCUUUGAAGAAAUGGAUGCUCUGGUUAGUGCCCGAGUUGCUGUCCCACCUAGUGAUGAGCAGAAAAAAGGAACAGCUUCUUGCUACCCCCAGGGAACCAGUAAAGCUGAAGCUGAGAAGCAAACCGAGGACACAGAAGAAGAUUCAGAUGAUGAAGAUGAUACUGAGAUACCCCCCGGGGCUGUUACAACCCGUGCCCCAGUCUUAUUCCAGAGCCGCAGUGGUUUUGAGGCUGGAUUUGAUAAUGAAGAGAAUCUAAAACGAGAUAUUUCUGAGGAAGUACAGCUGCAUAGGACAUUACUUGCAAGAUCUGAAAGGAAAAUCUCCCGUCAUGUUAAUCAAGGUAAAGCUAGUAAGGAUGAAUGUUUAUCAGCAAGCCAGUGGGAAAAGACUCGAAGAGAAAAGAAAAGAAAACUGGCCCUUCCAGAGAAGAGUAUAGGUACAGUCCUGACUUAUCAGAGACCAGGCAUGGGAGACAGACCCUAUAAAUAUCUCAGAUAUGGCAAAAGCUUUGGCCCAAACUCCCAUCUCCUGUAUCAGGUAUCCCAUCAGGCAGAGAGUCCAUAUAAAUGUGCUGACUGUGGGAAAAGCUUCAGUCGGAGUGCACGCCUCAUCAGACACCAAAGAAUCCAUACUGGAGAAAAACCUUAUAAGUGUCUUGACUGUGGAAAGGGUUUCCGUGACAGUUCCAAUUUCAUUACCCAUCGGAGAAUCCACACGGGUGAAAAGCCUUAUCAGUGUGGUGAAUGUGGGAAACGCUUCAAUCAGAGCUCAAGCCUUAUAAUUCACCAGAGAACCCACACAGGAGAAAAGCCUUACCAGUGUGCAGAGUGUGGAAAAAGCUUCAAUAACAGUUCUCAUUUCAAUGCACAUAGGAGGAUACACACAGGAGAGAGACCCCAUGUGUGUCCUGACUGUGGUAAGAGUUUUAGUAAGAGUUCUGACUUGCGUGCACAUCACAGAACCCACACAGGAGAGAAACCAUAUGAGUGCCAUGACUGUGGCAAGUGCUUCAGUAAGAGCUCUGCCCUUAAUAAACACCGAGAGAUCCAUACACGAGGAAAGCUGCUGUCACAGUCAAUGUCUAAGUAAGCUCCUGAGGAAAGGCCUCAGUAAAUGCAUUGUGUGAAAGUCCUCUCCUGUUCUGUGCUCAGCUGGCUUAGGAGGCACUUCUCAGGAUUUUUGCCAUUGUUUGUUCCUAUGCUUCCCAAAUGUAGCUGAGUCAAAUGUCAGUGGUUUUAAGAUGAAAAGUAGAUUUGUGUCUAAACUGAUGGUAAUAACGUCUUUCCCUCUCGGUGCCUGUGUUGUUCCCUUUGAGGGGACAUAGUAUAUCCUGUGGCUCACAUCUUCCACUCCUCCUGUCAUACAGAGCACUUCAAUGGGAAAACUCAUCUCAGCACUUUGCUAAACAAGUUGUGGAAUGCUCACUAACUGGGCCAUCCUGCUCACUUACACUUGUGGAUACUCUUCAUUUAUCUUUAAGGAGAGUUUAAAGUCCAUCUUGGUUCUAUCUUUUUCCAAGAAUAUGGGGCUAGGAUGUAGCUCAGUGGUAGAGCACUUGCCUAGUAUGCACAAGGCCCUGGGUUCAAUCCUGAGUAACACACAAAGAGAGAAAGUGGGUGAAUCAAGGAAACACUGUAAGCCUUCUAUAAACACUGGAUUUCUUAGUUUCUUCUAGAUUGUAUAAGGGUCGUAAUAGAAUAUACUGCAUUUAUAGCACUUGUUUGAUUUUUCUUUUCUUUUUUCUCCUUUCCUCCUCUUCAUCUAAAUUUCAUCUGUCCCUUAUGAACUAGAAGUCAAAAGAGCAAAUUAGAUGGAUGCGGUGACCGAAAAAGCACUUAAAGCUACCAACAGGAACUGUCUAUUUUUCUUACACUCCAUAUACAUGUGUGUGUGUGUGUGUGUGUGUGUGUGUGUGUGUGUGUGUGUGUACAUAUAUAGUAGCCUAUGGGUGCUCAAUACUAAUUGCAAGGAGCAGAACCACUGCCACAUUCCCAUAUAUAGGUUUACCCUAAAUGACAUGGAGGAUGGUGGAGCUAGCACACACACAAACUCACUCAACUAUACAAAUAAAAGUAUCUAUUUAAAUACAAAAGUAAUUAUGGUCUUCUUUUUUGUUUGCUUGUUUUGUUUUUUUAAAGACAGGGUUUCUCUGUGAAACAGUCCUAGCUGUCCUGGAACUCACUCUGUAGACCAGGCUAGCCUUGAACUCAGAGAUCCACCUGCCUCUGCCUCUGAGUGCUGGGAUUAGAGGCGUGCGCCCCAACCCCAAGGCUGAUGAUGGGUUUUCAAAAUUAGGUGGUUUGAAUCAAUUUCCACAUAUUCAUAGACUUAUGGUAAGCACUGUACAACACAAGUAAAACAGUCUUACCCAUGUUCUUAUACUGGAAAACAGAUAGUACAUGGACAGAUAACCACAAAUUUACUUUUUAAAGAUAGGGUCUCACUAUGUACUACUGGCUGACCUGGAACUCACUAUGGAGAUUACACUGGCCCUGAACUUAAGAGAUUUGACUGCCUCAAUCUUCAAAGUUUUAUCACCCUACCAUGACAGGCUCUAACUGUUUUAAAGAAAUUUAGUUAAAUAGUGUUACUACACUAGAUGUUAGUUUUAACAUAACUUGCUCAGGAAACAGUAACAUUCAAAGGAAAAAAGUAACUAGAUAAAUUAUAGUGAGAUACUUUGCAAAACUAGUUGUUCUAGGUGGGUAAGAUGUGGGAAAACAUGAAAGCAAAGGACAGCAGAGAUGGAGUAUUACAGGGAGACCCUGAAGUAUACUGUGCCAUGCUUACUGAGGACAGGGUAGCAGCUUGGCUCAGGAACGAACACCAGAAAUUAGUAUCCAUUGAAGAUACUUUUGAUGAGCAGGUCAGAGAAAAGAUGGCCAUGGUCAGAUGGCCAAGACCUGGAAUAUUUAACUUUCACAUUUUACUUUUAUUAGAUAUCCAUGGCUAGAUUAAGAUCUGAGGUAGUAGUAAGGAGAUAAGACUUCAAAAAUUUAUUAGGAUGGAUAAUUAACUAAGGUUCUGGUAUUAAGGAAUCCUAAAAGAACUAACAUUAACAAUUAAGGGAAAAUGGUAUCUCAAUUAUGCUGCCUAAGCAAGCAGGAAGGUACAAGAAACCCCUGUCUAAAUCAGGGCCUUCGGAUCUGAGAUGGCUUUGGAAGUGAGCUGCAAUAUCAAGGAAAGUGGGGAUUAUUGGCAUUAGUAUUAAUCUGUGUAUAGAACUGUGGAAAAGGCAUUAGGGUGUUAACAAACAUGGCUCCAAAUGUCUUGCAUGUUAAACUGCUGUUUCUCUUCCUGUAAAGCAGAAUAAUGUUUACAUCCAAGUCUGCCUCUCAGGGAUCAUGUUAAUAAAAGUUAUGUCUAUAAA